AUGCUCGAACUUGUCAAUAACAUUCAUAUUGAGUUCGCAGAACCCGAAAACAAAUACUAUCCAUUUGGUGGAAAGCAGAUGAUAAUCGUUGGAGAAUUUCUUCAAUUAAAUCCUGUACCUAGUUAUUUUGAUAAAGGAAACUUUAUGUUUCUGGCUCCACUGUUCACCUUCGCAAUUAAUCACCGAGUCCAAUUGACCACCGUUAUGCGACAGAACAAAAGCGAGCGCAAAUUUUUGUCUGCUUUAAAUCAAGUUAGACUAGGAGUUUGUUCGGAUGAAACCGAUUCUUUUCUUAUAAGUUUGGCUAGACCUUUGAGUUACGAUGAACAGAGCUUGAUAAACUUCCUGGAGAUAUUUGUCGUUUCAAUGUCAUAUGUAAAGGUAAAACCAAUAACAUGAAGUGUCACUGCGACGACGUCCUAUUUCUAAAGGAAAACGCCAAAGUCAUGCUAGUGUGGAAUUUAUCACACAGCUUAAUAAAUGGUGUAUUGGGCAUUUUUCUUAGAGUUGUCAGCAAUGACACGAUCGAACACGUGGUUUAACCACAAUAAGCAGGGACAAACUAUUGGCACUAAAUCUCAGUUUCCAGUCAUUUGGGCGUAUAUGGCAUCACUUGUCACAAAUCCCAAGCACUGACUUUGUCUGCAGCUGUAGUUCAUUGUUCCAGGAAAUUUGUGCCUGGAUUAACAUAUGUGGCAAUGUCAAGGGUUCGAUCAGCGGAUCAUUUACAGCUUUUAUGGUUCAAUCGCAAUUGGUUGUUGCAACCCUCGGACAGAACCAUCAGCGAAUGCUGCACGAACUUUGGAUGUCCAAUGGAAGAUUUAACCUGCUGCAGGAAGAAAGUAAUCGAUGA